AUGGCGACGAACGCGGCAGCCGACGACUGGCUCUCAUCGCAGCUGGCCAGCGACGGUCGCAGGGAGGCGGAGAUUCUCUCCCGCGCGUGGUUCCAGCUCCGACUCUCCAUUCGCGCUCCCAAUCGCUUCCCUCCUUGGGACGCGCUGCUGAUCACCGCUGCGAGCGACGCGCAGGCUGACCUGUACUCCAGGCAGCUGGCAGCAGCGCGGCACAAUGGGCACAUUGCAGCGGAGACAAUCGUGCUGGCAGUGCCGGACAGGGAGGGGAAGCGGAUCGGGUCUGGAGGCGCGACCCUGGGAGCCAUCCGGGCGUUGAGGGACUAUCUGGGGGAGUGCCGGACAGGGAGGGGAAGCGGAUCGGGUCUGGAGGAGCCCACCCUGGGAGCUAUUCGGGGAGCCACCCUGGAGGGACCAUCUGGGGGAGGUGAUACCUGCCUUGUAUGGAUUCUCUUCUUCUGGUGGUGGGGAAAGCCAGGGGGGGGGAGGGUGAGUGUCCUGACCAUCAUGCUGGCAGUGCCAGACAGGGAGGGCAAGCGGAUCGGAUCAGGAGGGGCGACCCUGGGGAGCUAUCCGGGCGUUGAGGGAUUUUCUGGGGGAGUCCGCCGCUACCCGCCUCCCAUCAAUGAAGGUGCUACUGGUGCACGCAGGGGGAUGCAGCAGGCGCCUGCCAUGGGCCAAUAUUCCCCUCCUUCCCUCUCCCUCAUUUUCCCCCUCUUUUUCCCCUGCCCCUUUUCCCCCAUUGCCCAGUCCGCCACCCAACGUCUCCCAUCAAUGAAGGUGCUGCUGGUGCACGCAGGCGGAGACAGCAAGCGGCUGCCAUGGGCCAAUCCGUGUGGCAAGCCAUUUGUGCCCUUCCCUCUCCCUCCUUCGCACUCCCUCCUUUCCUCUCCUUCUGCAUCAUCCGCCCGUCUCCCAUCAAUGAAGGUGCUACUGGUGCACGCAGGUGGAGACAGCAAGCGCCUGCCGUGGGCCAACCCAUGCGGCACGCCAUUUGUGCCCUUCCCUCUCCCUCUGUGCCCUAUUGCCCUGCCUAUUGACUGUCUGUCUCCCACAGUCCGCCUCUACACGUCUCCCAUCAAUGAAGGCAUCGUCUUCCCGUCUCCCAACAAUGAAGGUGCUACUGGUGCACGCAGACGGCACGCUCUUGAUAACAGUGGGCGACGUGCUGCCAUGCUUCAACGCCUCUUCUACCACAUGUGUCUGUCAAUAUGCACUCUACCAUACGGGCCUUACUCCUUGCCGUCCCCCCUCUCAUCUCCCUCAGAUGGUGCGCUCUUCAUAAUGACAGGCAACGUGCUGCCAUGCUUCAACGCCUCUCGCAUCCGCCUGCCCUCCCACGGAGCUCUGGUCGUCACUGCUGCCGUGCCCCUCGAUGUGGCCUCCCGGCACGGCUUUUGA